UUUCCAACGUGGAACAGGAUGCGAACAGCCUUUAUAAACUCCUGUGAGUUUGUGCGCUGGCACUUUCAACAGAGCACACAUAAUGAGUGGACUUCAAAGACGUAUCCUUUUGGGGCUGCAGAUCCUGGUCCUGUUGAAUGCUGUUAUUGCAACAGACGACUCCUCAAAUGGAAAUGGAAAAUGGCACCAUCCCAUGCACAUAUUGAACCCGAAUGAAAUUCUUGGCCCUCAAAUCAUCGGGGGAUCGGAAGCUGCUGCAGGAGACUUCCCAUGGCAUGGCUGGCUGCAAAUAAAGAAAAUCGGGACGAACAGUGGGUACAUGUGCGGUGCUUCGCUGAUCGCUGCCAAGUACGCCAUGUCAGCGUGUCACUGCAUCCAGUCGACUUCCGAAUAUUCACAUGAGGUAGUGCUCGGCAUAGUCAACAGAAAUACACCCACGGCGGGGAACGUCAGGAAGACCGUUGCAGCACCUAUUUGCCACGAAUCUUAUAUUGCCGCUACGACAAAAAACGACAUUGCCCUUCUUCCGUUUGAUAGUCCAGUUACUACAACAAGUAAUAUUCAAUUUAUCAAUCUGCCCCAACCUUCACUCGCGUCCACUGAUUUGGUCGGCACGAAUGCCAACGUCAGCGGCUUUGGCAGAAUUUCAGACAGCAAUUAUACGCUAAGCACUACGCUGCAGUACGCAACUCUCACAGUCACCUCUGAUGAGUCAUGCUCAGCCGAGUACGGCGCGACGUAUUCUUCGGACGUAAUGUUGUGUGCAAAAGCACCAGCCAGAGACCAAGCAGACUGCCAAGGAGACAGCGGUGGCCCUCUUGUCUACAACAAUGGCACUGCUUGGGUUCAGAUCGGCAUAGUGUCGUGGGGAGGCGAAUUUUGCCAGAACACGUCUUCCGUGUACGCAAGGGUCACAACAUUCGUUGACUGGGUUAAAAGCAAAAUGAGCGCGAUUGAUGGCGGAGGUGCCAACACUACCACUACCAAAGCUCCCCCUACUACCACAGCCAAAGCCACCACUACUGCCAAGACCAAAGCCACCACCACCAAAAAACCUACAACAACCAAAGCACCAACUACCACCAAACCUCCACAAUGCGCCUCAAAAGAUUUCAAGAAUUUGCAGACAAAGUGCUGCUCUCCGCCUGCUAAGGAUUUGCUUGCUAAGUCGUACAACAAGACAAUUGAAAACACUUGCAAGAAAAUUGGCGGAGACAACUCUGCAUUUAAUUUGUUUGUCCUCAACAAGGUGCAGAAUAAUAAGAAAAACAACACCGUGAACAUAACCGAUGUUGCCGGAUUAGCCAAGCAACUCGGCAAAUCUGCUUGCUACAUUUCAUGCUACCUCAACCAAUCCGGAAUUGUUGAUAAUGUCACUGGAGAUAUUGAUGUUGAUGCGUUGACAACCCUGCUGACCACAAAUCAAGAACGCACUGGCCCCUGGGUUUACAUUAUAAGUUCGGCAGUUAGUUCCUGCACAUCCCUGAUCACAGAGCUGCCCCUGCCGGACUUGCCAUCUGGAAAGAUUAAGUGCAAUCCGAGAGGUGGAGUCAUAGUGCAGUGUGUUUUGGCAACAAUCAUUGAGCAAUGCCCUUUAAGAGUAACGAGCAAUUCCUGCAACAGUGACUACGCUCUGUUUGAUCAGUGCAUAAGCUUUGUCAUGGAUGCACUCUUCAACAGUCCAGGGGUUUAAUGCUUAUUUCCCUUAUUUCCUUUGGAAACUCAAUUGAGAAACACAUUGAAAAUAAAUACGAUUCGAUUCUCAA